UGAGUUUCCUGCAGAAAGGGCAGAAUAAACGAUGCUGGAUUUAAUGUGUUUCGUUAAAGAACAAAGGAGGAACUGUUCGUCUAGUUAAAGAAUAUAGAGUCAAGUAUUGAGUGGUUGAGCAGAGACAUACUUUCAAUGCUGGCGGACUCAGGCGGGCGGUGUCGGGGCAGGAAGCGGUCAGCAGCAGCAGUGGGCGGGCCAGAUUCUGGUGGGCGGGGCCGCAGCAACACACCUGCAGCACAGACGAGAAGGAAAGCGCCAGAGACUGGAGAAGACGACGAUCAGUCAGAGAAGAAGUUCAGGAAGUGUGAGAAAUCCGGAUGUCCUGCGACGUACCCCGUGUGUUUCGCCAGCGCAUCUGAGAGGUGUGCUAGAAACGGCUACACGUCGCGCUGGUAUCACCUGUCCUGCGGCGAGCACUUCUGUAACGAGUGCUUCGAUCAUUACUACAGGAGUCACAAAGACGGAUACGAGACCUUCUCCUCCUGGAAGAGGGUUUGGACCAGCAAUGGCAAGAGCGAGCCCAGCCUCAAAGCCUUCAUGGCUGACCAGCAGCUGCCCUACUGGGUUCAGUGCACUAAUGCUGACUGCGGGAAGUGGAGACAGCUGAGUAAAGACACGCAGCUGACGGCGGCGCUGGCCUCGUCGUACCGCUGCGGGAUGAAGCUCAACAGCGUGAAGGUGGAAGGAAGUGAUGCGUGCGCUCAGCCGGAGGACGUGCGGGUGGCCGGCGUGACGGACAGCUGGUGGCUCUCUAUGCUCAUUCUGCCGCCGCUGUUUAAGGACAGUCCUGCCAGUCCCUUCCUCUCCGCCUAUUACCCGGACUGUGUGGGCAUGAGCCCGUCUGCCUCGCCCGAGCACCGGAGAGCUGCUCCGCCUCACAUCCCCGGACUCUCGCCCUAUUUCCAGCCCUUCUAUCAGCCGAACGAGUGUGGGAAAGCCCUGUGUGUCAGACCCGACAUGAUGGAGCUGGACGAGCUGUACGAGUUCCCCGAGUUCUCCAGAGAUCCCACCAUGUAUCUGGCGCUGAGGAACCUGGUGCUGGCGGCCUGGAACCGAGACUGCAAGGAGGUUCUGACGCUGCAGAAGUGCGCUCCUCAUGUGAUCGUGCGUGGUUUGGUGCGCGUCCGCUGUGUGCAGGAGCUGGACCGGGUUCUGUACUUCAUGACCCGGAAGGGCCUCAUCAACACCGGAGCGCUGCAGAUCAAGUGGCCGCUGCUGCCAGAGUCACAGCACCACAAGGUGCUGGUCAUCGGCGCUGGUGCUGCGGGGCUCGCUGCUGCUAGACAGCUCCAGAACUUCGGCAUGCAGGUGGUGGUUCUGGAGGCCAGGGAGCGAAUCGGAGGGCGAGUUUGGGACGAUGCGUCGCUGGGCAUGACGGUGGGCCGCGGAGCUCAGAUCGUCAACGGCUGCGUUAACAACCCCAUCGCUCUGAUGUGUGAGCAGUUGGGUCUGCGGAUGCACACUCUGGGCGUCCGCUGCGAGCUCCUUCAGGAAGGCGGACGCAUCACCGAUCCGGCUCUGGACAAACGCAUGGACUUUCACUUUAACGGUGUGCUGGAUGCCGUAUCCGAGUGGAGGAAAGACAAGCCGCAGUCCCAGGAUGCACCACUGGGCGAGAAGAUCCAGGAAGUGUACAAGACGUUCCUGCAGGAGUCUGGACUUCAGUUCACUGACCUGGAGGAGAAAGUUCUGCACUUCCAUCUCAGUAACCUGGAAUACGCCUGCGGAAGCACACUGGACCAGGUGUCGGCGCGCUCAUGGGAUCAUAACGAGUGUUUUGCUCAGUUCUCUGGAGAUCACACGCUACUCACUGACGGAUACUCGUCUGUCCUGCACAAACUCGCUCAGGGACUCGACAUCCGGCUCAGUACUGCGGUGCAGCAUGUGGAUUACUCUGGAGAGGGAGUGACGGUGAUGUCCAGCUGCGGCUCUCGCUGGAGCGCACAGAAGGUUCUGGUGACGGUGCCGCUGGCUCUGCUGCAGAAGAACCUCAUCGGGUUCAGUCCUCCUCUGCCUGACAGGAAGCUCAAAGCCAUCCACAGUCUGGGAGCCGGAGUCAUUGAGAAGGUGGCGCUCCAGUUCCCUACACGCUUCUGGGACGUUAAAAUCCAGGGAGCGGAUUAUUUCGGCCACGUCCCACCCUGUCCGGAGAAGAGAGGCCUGUUCAGUGUGUUCUACGACAUGUGUCCGCAGGGCGAGGAGUGUGUGCUGAUGGCGGUGGUCACCGGCGAGGCUCUGUCUCUGCUCAGGGAUCUUCAGGACUCUCAGGUGGUGGAUCUGUGCAUGAGUGUCCUCAGAGAGCUCUUCCAGGAGCAGGAGGUUCCGGAUCCGCUCCGGUUCCUGGUGACCCGCUGGAGCACAGACCCGUGGGCUCAGAUGUCCUACAGCUUCGUGAAGACGGGCGGCAGCGGCGAGGCCUACGACAUCAUCGCUGAAGACGUGCAGGGCAAGCUUUUCUUCGCCGGAGAGGCCACAAACAGACACUUUCCUCAGACGG